UAACAAAUGAGGCCCAAUAUUUGCUGAAACUCGAGAAACUAUCUUCUCGUCUUUCUUUCUUCUUAGUAGCAGAAGAGCUCGUUGGAAAGAGCAAGGUUGUGAAUGGUGAAUUUUUGAGAGGAAAUAGUAUCGAUGGAUAUCAACAUCAAAAUAAAAGGAGAAAUAGAGAAGGUGAAUGGGAAAGAACUAACUUAUAAUGAAUUUGUUGAAAGAUAUAUGGAGAAAAACAAGCCAGUGGUGCUAACUGGAUUAAUGGACGAUCAUUGGAAGGCUUGCACUGAUUGGGUUAGCCCUAAUGGAAAACCUAAUCUCCAAUUUUUCUCCACUCAUUUUGGUUCCUCCAAAGUUCAGGUUGCAGACUGUGAUACCAGAGAUUUUACUGAUCAAAAAAGGGAGGAGAUGUUGGUAUCCGAUUUCGUUGGACUUUGCUUUAAAGACGAGGGUUCUGUAGUUCAGUGCAGUAAUCAAAAUGGUGUAAGUAAUAGUGACUCUGCAUCUGUUCCGUAUUUGAAGGAUUGGCAUUUUGUGAAGGAGUAUCCUGAUUACGUACCAUACAUCACUCCGAUGUUCUUUUGUGAUGAUUGGCUCAACUUGUAUCUCGAUAACUUCAGAAUGAAUACAUAUUCUGACAGAGACCAACAAAAUAAGGAAAUAUGUUGCUCUGACUAUCGUUUUGUUUACAUGGGAGUUAAAGGAUCUUGGACUCCUCUACAUGCUGAUGUUUUCAGGUCGUAUAGCUGGUCAGCAAAUGUCUGUGGAAAGAAGAGAUGGUUUUUCCUAGAUCCUUCUCAGUGUCAUCUUCUGUUUGACAGGAAUUUGAAAAACUGUGUAUAUAAUAUCUUUGAUGAAGUCUCUGACUCAAAAUAUCCUAAUUUUAAAAAGGCUAUCUGGUUAGAAUGCACACAAGAAGCAGGGGAAAUCAUAUUUGUUCCCAGCGGAUGGUAUCACCAAGUUCAUAAUUUGGAGGAUACAAUAUCUAUAAACCACAAUUGGUUCAAUGCGUAUAACCUUUCUUGGGUGUGGAAUUUACUUUUAAGGGACUACAAUGAGGCCAAGGAAUACAUAGAAGACAUCAAGGAUAUAUGUGAUGAUUUUGAAGGUCUCUGCCAGCGCAAUCUUGCUGCUAACACAGGGAUGAAUUUUUAUGACUUCCUUACUUUCAUUUCAUACUUCACCUUGGCCAACUUGGUAUUGCUUUGCUACAUAAAUAGAAGAGAUGGCAGUACAAAUGGGAACUCAUCAAGAGUAGCUCAGCAUGUAUCCAUGAAUGUUGGGUCUAUUAGGAAGAUUGCAUCAGAGAUGAAACAUGGUGGUGGUCUAGAAGGGAAUCAUGAUUUGGUUGUAGAUAUGUUAAAAACAUUUGAAGAUCCUAGGUUUUCCAAAUUCUGCAUGCAGGUGGGAAAAACAUAUUUAAUGAUACACGGGCAAUCUGAUUUGUUCUCUGAUUUUGUGGGUGCUUCCAUGGUUGAUUUGAUGGAAAUCGGUAUUUUGAAAGCAUACACUUCUUCUAAGGUUUAUGCACCUGAAGACCUCAUCAAAUUUAUAGACAACGCCAUUGCAAAACUGGGGGACUUUUACAUCGAGUCAUCUGUACAGCGUGUUACUUGAUUGCCCUAUUGAAAUUCAUGUUUCACAACUGAUUUCGAUUGCACUUGAAGUUGGGACCAGUUACUGCAAUCACAAUUUUCAACUCUUACAUGUGAUCUUCUCAAAGAAUUUACCUCCCAUUUGGCACUUGCCUUUGUCUAAGUAAGCCUUCUUCGUCACACUGUCUUUAAUCAACCUCUCCUUGUUAUGCUGCAUUCUUUGCUCAAGAUAACUUUUAAUAACAUAUCUCCAUGAUAAUGAGUUUCUUGAUUCUUCUGGUUCAUCCAGCUGUUAAGAAACCAAUACCUCUUGAUUUCGACCUUUCAAUUUUGCAUAUGUUCUGUGCCUACAAAUUGAGUUAUACUUUUGUCUGACCAAAUUUUUUCAAGAGCAAUAGCAUAUAUCAACUUGAAGUGAACUAGUGAGAGGGGUUUGGUGACAGUCAUGGUCAAUUCUCCUUUUGCAACAACUGGGUCUGAAUGGUAGUUAUGUGAAUGGCUGAAGCUGGUCCACUGAGUUUCUUAUCCCAAGACUUCACCAGUUGGUUGCGGAUUGGUUGGAUAACUUGUUAUUUUAUGUUGUUAUGUAAUGUAUCAACAUAAUUCUGUAUCUCAAAUAUUCGACAAACUUCAUUAAACUAUUUUUUAGAUAAGGGAGGGCCACAUAUUACUUCAAGACUACAUUGGUAGUGUUUUUCAACGAAAAAAGUAUUCAAAGGGAGCUUUUGCUUGUUGUUCUUACAAUUUGUUACAUCUCAAAAGAAAAUUUCCUCUCUCACUUUAUAAACCCAAUUAUGUGAUAGCCUUUCCAUUUUCAUCUUAAUUUACACCAUGGUUAUCCAACCCUAUGGCUCCCCUUAUGAAAUCUAAAAAUGCUCUCCCCGUGUCCGAAGAUUGGAAUUCUGACAGAUCUAUUUAACAAAAAAAAAUGAUUUUAGACACUCCAUUCUCUCAAAAACUAAUCUAAGGAUUAAUCUUUGGAUUAAUUUAAGAAUGAGUCUGGAAAACAAUUUUUGGACCAGGCCACACUAAGUCAUUUGGUACUCCCUCCGUCUCACAAUAGGUGUCAUUUUUGAGAUUUUCACACUUUUUAAGAAAAUGAUUAAUUAUGUUGAUUUCAAUGAUAAAAUGAGUCUCAUUUACUAAAAUAACCUUAUUAAUAAUAGAUAGUGGAGUACUUAAAUGAACUAAAAUACAA